AUGGCGCCCCCAGAUCGACGCCCUCGUGCACCUAGCUUUUAUGGCAGAUCUGAAAGCCCUGCUCUCCUGCCACAGGCCCUUGCAAACAGAGAGCGAAGGGCUCGAGAGAUGCAGACGCAGCACAAUCUUUCGCUGGAUUGGCAGAAGGCCCGGGACAGACGAGACCAGGAGAAACGUGAUCAGGAGAAACGCGAUGAAGAGGAACAGGAUAGACGAGACCGGGAGAAAUGGGCCCGGGAGAAACGCGUGCAACAGCAACGAGCCCGGGAAACGAAAUCCCAGGAAGAACAAGCCCAGGCCCAGGAGAGCCAAGUUCAUGCAUCCAAAGGUCCAUCUGGAGCGAGAGAUGCUGUCGGUUGA